UUUCCGUUUGCUUUGUGUUGACCCAGAUUAUUUUUCUGUUGGUGAAUUCAUUUUAUUAAUAUAAUUUGUUCUAUUGUGCGAUUAUAAACAGAAACCAACGAUUCAGUAUCAGUGCUAGCAGUAUUCAUACUACCGCUUUCGAGGUACAUCAUACAUUUAUUUACUUCUGAUUGGAAAGAAGUUCUCUCGAGGAAACAAUACAUUCUUAUGUUUAUUGGGCAUAAGUUGGAGACGUGCAUGCGAAACGUUAAAUGAAGAUCUUCAUCUGAAUACCAACAUGUCAUCCGUUUAUCAAUCACAUUUCAAAUGUGAAAUCUGCUUACUGAGUUGUAAAUCCAAGUCUCAUCGAGAAAUACACAUGCGCAUCCACACCGGUGAAAAACCUUACAAGUGUGGAAUGUGCUUAAAGGAUUUCUCAACCAAGGGUAACAUUAAAACACACAUGCAGAUCCAUACUGGAGGAAUCAUUUUCAAAUGUUUGGCGUGUUCGAAGGGUUUUGCUUUGGGGUCUUACUUAAAAAAACAUAUGUUGAUUCAUACUGGUGAAAAACUAUUCAAAUGUGACUGGUGUGAAAAGAGUUUUAUAACUAUGUCCCAGUUGAAACAACAUAUAUCGAUUCACACUGGUGAGAAACCCUUCAGAUGUGAUGUGUGCACAAAAUGUUUUGCACGGAGUUCACGGUUAAAACAUCAUAUGUUUAUUCAUACUGGUGUGAAACCUUUCAAAUGUGAAGUGUGCACAGAAAGUUUUUUACGGCGUUUCAGCUUGAAAGAACAUAUGUUGAUUCAUACUGGCGAAAAACCCUUCAAAUGUGAAGUGUGCACAAAAUGUUUUUUACAGCAUUGCACUUUGAAACAACACAUGUUGGUUCAUACUGGCGAUGGACCUUUCAAAUGUGAAGUGUGCACAAAAUGUUUUGCAAAUAGUUCCAACUUCAAACAACAUAUGUUGGUUCAUACUGGUGGAAAACCAUUCAAAUAUGAAGUGUGCACAAAAUGUUUUACAUACAGUUCCGACAUAAGAAAACAUAUGGAAGUUCAUACUGGGGAGAAACCUUUCAAAUGUGAAGUGUGCAAAAAAUGUUUUACACAUAAUGCCCACUUAAAACAACAUAUGGUGAUUCAUACUGGUGAGAAACCUUUCAAAUGUGAAGUGUGCAAAAAAUGUUUUUUACAUAGUUCCAGCUUAAAGCAGCAUAUGUUGAUUCAUACUGGUGAGAAACCUUUCAAAUGUGAAGUGUGCACAAAAUGUUUUACACGGAGUGUCAGCUUAAAACAACAUAUGUUGAUUCAUACUGGUGAGAAACCUUUCAAAUGUGAAGUGUGCACAAAAUGUUUUUCACAGCGUUUCAUCUUGAAGCAACAUAUGCUGGGUCAUAUUGGCGAAAACCCUUUUAAAUGUGAAGUGUGCACAAAAUGUUUUUUACGGAGUUCCCACCUAAAACGACAUAUGUUGGUUCAUACUGGUGAAAAACCUUUCAAAUGCGAAGUGUGCAAAAAAUGUUUUACAUAUCUUUCCGACUUAAGAAAACAUUUGAAAGUUCAUACUUGCGAAUAACCUUUUAAAUGCGAAGUGUGAACGAAAUAUUUUAUGUACCGAUCCAUCUUAAAACAACACAUAUUGGUUCGUACUGUUAGAAACCGUUCAGUAUGAAAACAUAUUUUGAAUUUCAGUGGAAAAAUGGUGUUUAACGGAGUAAAGGUUUGGUUUUGGAUAUUGGUAAUGCUCUGAAUGAACAAUUUUUAUUAAUGCACCUUAUUCUAAAAAAAAAAAAUAAUAUUAUAUUUUUCUUAAAUAUUUCAUACUUCAUAAAUUGGCCAUAUCUAUCCAGUGAAUCUUGUAUAAAUAUUGUACUUUUUUUUAAUAAUUUUAUAUACCAUUGGUUUAUUAUCUUUUCUUAUAUUAUUACUAUUGUUUCAAAUAUUGAUUCUAUAUACUUCUUCAAUAGUUUUAUUAGUUUGUUUUUGUUAAAUAGUUUGCCAACUUUGUAAUGCAUGUGUCCAAAAGUUAUUCUUUUCUCUUUUUUUAAUUUUUUUUUUUUUUUUUUUUUUUUUUUUUUAAUAAAGUGAUCACCGUGUCACAAAAUGUACAGUUGUUAUUCCUGUAAUGGCUUGAAACUGAUGUACACAUGCACCCAAUUAGAGUUUGAUGUAUAUAGUCUCCUUAUCCAAGUAGACUUUAAAGCUAUCCUAAAAUUGUUAAUGUUUAACAUUCAAGGCCACCAUUGUUAUAUUCUUGUUCUAAUAUUUCUCUUUUUAUUUUUUUCAUGUUUAUUUUGCUAAAUAAAAAAAUAAUGCAUCUUAUUUAUUUGUUUUAUUUUAUCCAUGGGAUUUGGAAGAGAAAUUAGCAAAUGUAU